GAGAAGGAGAAGGAGAAGGAGAGAGGAGAAGUGAUUCGAUUCUAUUCGAUUCUCUAUUCAUUGAUCGAAGCUAAAACCAUCAACGAAUCCGACUACAUUUGAUUCCUAUGAGAUGAGAACCCGCGGCUUGUUUCUGAUGCACUCUCUGUCGUCGUCUUCCUCGGCAUCAUCGCUUAACCUCAAGGAGGCUACGAAUUGGUGGUGGGACGUGAACGAGUCUCCGGUCUGGCAAGACCGUAUCUUCCACAUCCUCGCUUUCCUAUACGCUGUCGUUUCCGUCAUUGCUGUGAUUCAAUUGGUAAGAAUACAAUUGAGAGUUCCAGAAUACGGAUGGACGACGCAGAAAGUCUUUCACUUUCUCAAUUUCGUCGUGAACGGAGUUCGAGCUCUAGUGUUUGUCUUCAGGCGUGAUGCACAGAACAUGCAGCCAGAGAUUCUACAACAUAUCUUGCUUGACAUUCCAAGUCUUGCUUUUUUCACAACGUAUGCGCUUCUUGUCCUCUUUUGGGCUGAGAUUUACUACCAGGCACGUGCUGUAUCAACUGAUGGACUGAGGCCAAGUUUCUUCACUAUUAAUGCCCUUGUCUAUGUAGUUCAGAUUGCACUUUGGUUGGUAUUGUGGUGGAAGCCUGUUCACGUUACGGUUAUCAUUUCCAAGAUGUUCUUUGCAUGUGUGUCAUUGUUCGCUGCCCUUGGAUUUUUACUAUAUGGAGGAAGGCUUUUCCUAAUGUUGCAACGGUUUCCAGUAGAAUCCAAAGGGAGGCGGAAGAAGCUGCAAGAGGUUGGUUACGUGACAAGCAUAUGCUUUACGUGUUUCCUCAUCAGAUGUAUCAUGAUGUGCUUUAAUGCGUUCGACGAUGCAGCGGAUCUUGAUGUCUUGGAUCACCCCAUCCUAAAUUUCAUAUAUUACCUGUUGGUGGAGAUAUUACCUUCUUCUCUGGUCCUCUUUAUACUAAGAAAGCUUCCACCAAAACGCGGUAUCACACAGUACCAUCAGAUUCAGUGAAACUGAGAGUGUAUCCCAUGGAGAUGGAUGCAAACAAUUGAAACACCUGAGGUAAUACAAUAAUAGAGAGAGAAACAAUUCAAACAGCUGAAAAUGGUGGAACGUUAAUAUCUUCUUUUUUUUUAAGCAGGAGUGUUAAGAUCGUGUAGGUAAAUCGUGGGGAGGAUCUUGCUCCUCUUCAUAGAUAUAAUUGUACAUGUAAAGGAUUGAAGAAUGAUCAGUUGUGAGAUAUCUUCUUAAACUAAUUGAAUAUGGUUUAACUAGUAGUUA